GAGGAGAGGAAGCGAGAAGAGGAAGAGUUGAGGAAGAGGGCGGAGAGAGAGGAAAGGAGUUUGAGGGAGAGGAAGGAGGAGAGGGAGAGGGGCGAGGCCGAUCGAGAUGCGGCGGAGGAGAGGGAGCGUGUGACCACGGAGAAGAAGAGUAGAAUGCUCCUCCUCCGAGAGGACCUGAGGAGAGAAGAAGAGGAGGAGGAGAGGAAGCUGAAGGAGGAGAGCGCGGAGAGGCUGAGGGCUCUGCGUCAGCGUCUCCUUUCUGAGAGGAGGGAGGAGGAGGCCAGGCUGAACGGGGAGUCUGACAGGGCGCUGGAGGAGCUCAGAGGCUCCGCCCGGCAGGAGGCCAAGAGGCAGCAGCGCCAACUCAGGGAGGAGAACGAGGACGCGCUGGAGAAGCUGCGCGCCGCUCUGGAGGAGGAGCGGGCGGCAGAGCGCGGCCGACUGGAGGCCCAGAAGAGGCGGGACUCUGAGCGCCUGAGGGCGGAGUCGGAGGAGGAGCUGCAGGCGGAGAGGAGCAGGCUCCGGGGAGAAAGGGAGGAGAAGCUGAAGCACGAGGUCAAACUCACAGAUAGGAGGAGGGAACUCAUGAGUCCACGACCUGAACAUCAACUGGCAGAGUACCACCGAGAGCUUGGCGACGUUCUCCAGGAGGUGCGAGAGGAAGUGCAGCGCGAUCACGAGAGGAAGCUGGAGCAGCUGCGGGAGGAGCACAGGCGGGAGAUGAACAGCAUCCGAGAGAAACACCUCGACGAGGAGACCGCUGAGAGGGCGCGCUCGCUCUCUACUCUGCAGGAGGAGAGAGAGCAGCUCCGGGCCUCGCACGCCGUCCAGCUGGAGAAACUCCGGAUGCAGCUCGACGCUCAGAUACAAAAGAAGCAGCUGACGCACUCGCGCAGGGAGUCCGAGCUGGACGACAUGGCAGAUCAGAUGGAGCUGAGAGCCAAAGAGCUGAAGAGCCAGGAGGCCAUGCUGCAGACCAAGGCAGCAGAGCUGAAGAGGAGGAAGAGGAAGCUCGGGGAGGACGAGGAGGAAGUGGACAGGAAGUUAGAGGCCUUCCCCCGGCUGGUCCAGGAGAGGGACCAGCUGACGGAGGAGCUGGAGAGGGCGAGGGAGGAGAAACAUCAGGCCAGAGAACUUAUCCAGCGGGCGCGGGAGGAGAGAAGCGAGGCCAAGGAGGAGGGGGCGAAGCUGAGGGGAGAGCGAGACAAAGCCAGGGAAGAGAGCAGGAGGCUAAAGGAGGACAAGGCACGACUGGAGAGCAAGGUGGCGCUGCUGCAGGAGCGAUGCGAGCGCCUCAGUCGCAGAGUCAGCGAGCUGGAGCAAAGCGAGGCGGCGAGCGCCUCCACCAGGCCGGAAGCGAAACAGGAGAAGAAGAAGGCAGAGAAAGCGGAGGCGACGGCGCCCUCCGUUGACAGGAGAGACUCAUCGCUACACGUGGAGGACCUGGACGACCUGCCGCUCUCCCCUGUACCCGACAGCCUCAGCGGCACGGACGAAACUCCUCGUCGCUGUGUGUCCAGCUUCCAACGCUACAUCUCCUCACAUGGAGCCUCCAUCCAAAAAACCAAACACUUCCUGGAGAAGGAGAGCGGCCGGCUGAUGGAGAGACAGGCGGCCCUGGAGGCGUUCCGGACCGGCUCCUCCCAGGACGGAGGGGCGACCGAGGAGGAGGCCAGACGUGUGGUGGAGCGCCAGCAGGCGGUUCAGAGAGGAAACGCUCUCCUGCGGAGGAAGGAGGAGCAACUCCAGCAGCUGGAGAGCUCCUUAGCUGACGAGACGUUUUUCGAGGAUCUGUCUCGUCUGGCGGGAGAGAAGAAGGUGACCUUCGAUGUGACUGAAUCGGACCUCAGCAGCACUUUGGACCCACCGGACAGGACGGGUCAUCCCACCGUCCCGGACAAAGUCCAGGAGUUGGCGGAGUCCCUGCAGCAGAUCUCAGGCCAGCUCAACAGCGUCCUGAGUGCGUUGGGGUCACUGGCGCCGAGGCAGGACACCGCGACCUACGCCGCCUUUCCUCCGCCUCAUCACCACUCCAGCCCGGCUGCCGCCUCCGCCUCCGCCGCGCACCAGAUGCACACCCUGAGCUCCUCGGCUCCGCCUGCCCCCGUGAGGCUCUCGGAGCCGGCCUGGAACUGGGCGCCCCACGGCGGCUCCCCCCUCUUCAGCACCCCGCUCAGCAGCGGGUUCCGGGUCCCCGAGGACCUCAUCAGCAGCCGAUGGAGCCAGAUGUUCCCCAGAGCAGCCAUGGAGCCGUUAGCCUCCAGCACCAUGAGGCCGACGACGCCCUACUCAUCUUUCGCUCCCGCUCGGUCGGUGCAGAAGUCGGCGGAGGUGGACGGCCAGAGGCUGCAGGGGCUGAUAGACGGCAACAAGAGGUGGCUCGAGAUGCGCAAGAAAGACAACAGCAUACCUCUGUUCACGCGUUAUCGCGCUCCUCCAACCACCAGCGGCCUGGUCCAGCUGGGCUUGGACGACAACAAUCAGAUCAGGGUCUAUCACUACUGAGGACGCCCCCGUCCGUCCUCCUACAGGCACAACGUCACGUUUACAGACUUGUUUUUUUAAAUGGUGUCAUUUACGUUGAUGUCAGAUGGGAAGAUGAAGACAAUCCCUGAGAAGCGUUUACUGCACUUAACGGUACUUCUGGAGGAAAACACUCGUCCACCCACGUGUCUACAUGUCCCAAGUACUGCUCCGCUUGUGUUUUUGACACAAGACUUUUGUGACGUAUUUUCUAAUGUUCGGUUGUUUCUGUGAGGAAUAGAAAAUAGAAUUGUUUGUAAAAAUGGAGCCAAAACCCUUUUGUCAUGAAUUACUUACUCUUUAUCCCACAGAUGUUAACACAUCAUUGGCAUUAAGCCAUUGAUUGAGCCAGUGAACAGGUAGAGGGG